AUGUCUGAGCGUCAGGAGAUUCCACAUGAUACACCGGAACAAGAACAGGCCCAUAGCGACACCCAGGGCCUGGAGGCUGCACAGUUCUCCGAGGCUUUCGAGGCCGCAUCCUCCUCUCCCUCUCCUCUAAUGCCUGAUGACCUGGAGGAGGUUCUGGAUGCUGGCAUACCUGAUAUCCCACAGAGUCCUCAGAGUGCUUGUUCAACUUCCACUGGCAUCAGUUUCCUCUCAUCAAGUAAAUCAGAUGAGACCGCUGGCAGCCAAGAAAAGGAGGAUAGUUCAGAUUCUUCAAAGUCCCUGUCGGAAACCGAGAGCUUGCCCGAAGACCCUUUAGAUGAGAAGGUGACUUUGUUGGCGCAGUUCCUGCUGCACAAGUAUCAAAUGUUUGAGCCUAUCACAAAGGCAGACAUGAUUGAUGUUGUUAUCAAAGAGUAUAGGGAUGACUUCCCUGAGAUCUUCAGGAGAGUCUCUGAGUACAUGGAGCUGGUCUUCGGUGUUGAUGUGGAGGAAGUAGACCCGACCAGCCACAGCUAUGCCCUUGUUAACAAAUUAGGGAUCACCUAUGAUCCAAGGCUGAGUAGCAAUGAGGGCGUGCCCAAGACCAGCCUCCUGAUAAUGGUCCUGGGUUCGAUCUUCAUGAAGGGCAAUAGCGCCACUGAGGAGGAUAUCUGGGAAGUGCUAAGUACGAUGAACUUACAUCCUGGGAUGAUUCACUUCACGUUUGGGGAGCCCAGGAAACUCAUCACCCAAGAUUUGGUGCAGGAAAAAUACCUGGAGUACCGCCAGGUGCUCGACAGCGAUCCUCCACACUAUGAGUUCCUGUGGGGUCCAAGAGCCCAUGCUGAAGUCAGCAAGAUGAAAUUGCUGGAGUUUUUGACCAAGGUCAAUGGGUCUGACCCCACUUGCUUCCCAUCCCAGUAUGAGGAGGCUCUGAGAGAUGAAGCAGAGAGAGCCCAAGCUGGAGCUGCAACCGGGGAGGGCACUAUUGCCAUGGCCAUGGCAAGUCCCAGUGCCACCUCCAGUAGCUCCUGCCAUCCCGAAUAA